AUGUAUACCAAAGCUAUCCUCUUCUCCCUCAUCGCCGCUGCCAGCGCGCAGCAGGUUGGCACCGAACAGGCUGAGACACACCCUUCCAUGACAUGGUCAAAGUGCACCGGCACCGGAGGAACCAGCUGCGCGUCGCAGUCAGGGAAGGUUGUGCUCGACUCUAACUGGAGAUGGGUCCACAAGGUCGGUGACUAUACCAACUGCUACACCGACAACGAGUGGGAUGCCACGCUCUGCCCAGACAACGCAUCCUGCGCCAAAAACUGUGCCCUUGAGGGUGGUGACUACCCAGGCACGUACGGAAUCAAUGUGAGCGGAAAUUCGAACAAGUUGACUUUCGUCACCAAGGGACAGUACGCCACCAACAUUGGCUCCCGAACAUACCUCAUGGCAGAUGACACCAACUAUCAGAUGUUCAACCUCCUCGACCAGGAGUUCACUUUUGAUGUGGAUCUCUCGCAGCUUCCUUGCGGCCUGAACGGCGCCCUCUACUUUGUCUCUAUGGACAAGGACGGAGGAAUGAGCAAAUACCCUACCAACAAGGCCGGUGCUAAGUACGGAACUGGAUACUGUGAUGCUCAAUGUCCGCGUGAUCUGAAGUUCAUCAACGGCAUGGGCAACGCCGAAGGAUGGAAGCCAUCCUCCAACGACCCCAAUGCCGGUGUUGGAGGCCACGGCUCUUGCUGCGCCGAGAUGGAUAUCUGGGAGGCUAACUCCAUGGCCACGGCGUACACGCCGCACUCUUGCGAUACCAUCACCCAGACAAUGUGCAACGGCGACGGAUGUGGAGGAACCUACUCAGCCGACCGCUAUGGAGGAACAUGCGACCCUGACGGAUGCGAUUUCAACUCGUACCGUCAAGGCGACACCUCUUUCUACGGAAAGGGCAUGACCGUCGACACCAGCAAGGUGUUCACGGUUGUGACGCAGUUCAUCGGCAACCCCCUGACAGAAAUCAAGCGCUUCUACGUUCAGAACGGCAAGACCAUCCCCAACUCGGAGUCCACGAUCGCAGGUGUUAGCGGCAACUCCGUCACCACCGAGUACUGCGAUGCACAAAAGAUUGCCUUUGGCGACAACACCAGCUUCGCGGACCACGGCGGGAUGGCGUCCAUGAGCAAGGCUCUCGGCGCCGGAAUGGUGCUCGUCAUGUCGCUCUGGGAUGACCACUACUCCAACAUGCUCUGGCUUGACUCUACCUACCCCACCGACUCGACCAAGCUCGGCUCCGUUCGUGGUUCUUGCGCCACCUCGUCCGGCGUUCCCUCGGACGUCGAGUCUGGUUCCGCGAGCGCGUCGGUCACCUACUCCAACAUCAAGGUCGGCCCAAUCGGCUCUACCUUUAAACAAUGA